ACUGAACCAGUGACAAGCUGGGGGAAAUGACAUUGCCGGGCAGUUGGAAGUCAGACAGCCCUUUGCCUUACUCUCAAACUCUAACCACAUGGCUGGACACUCCUGAAAUGCGUUCCUAAACGUCUGCUGCUGAGAAUAAUUGGACCUACCGUCCAUUCCCGGUGUAACUACCUGUAUACCUAACAAACCCAAUUCAAGCCAACAGGCAAAGUAUAGGCUCAGACGGAAUCCAUCCUGUGUGUGAGGUGGUGCGCAAGGGUGGAAAACCUCACCGUGACUCAUCCAGCUGAUUUCUGGGCUGAACCCACUGACUUCACAGGGCUGUUAGGAGAAUACUGUUCACAAAGGUUUCCAGCACAUAGAAGGUUCCUCCAUGGAUGCUGGCUGGCCUGUCAUGAUUUAAAGUGGAAGAAGCACCAUCAAGAUCCUCAAGGAGCACGGUAGCUGAUGCCCCUCACUUGGCACCCGUGUUGGCCCUGGCAUCGUGGACAACAGAACAACUCAGAUGUACACAGAAGAGGAAAAGACAGCCAACCCCUUCCUGCCAUCCAUGCCUGGACCUAAAAAAACAAAAGAAGGGGUUGAGGCUGUGGAGACCCAGCCAGCACCUGGGCCUCUUCCUCCACCAGAGGUGAGGGACAUUGGAGAGAGGUGGGAGCCGGACCGCGCACAGCAGCAGCCUCAGGACCCCGUAGUGGCUGCAGGGACACAGAGCCUCGGAAACCUCCGGCAGGGCUUCAUUAAGUGCUUGCUGGAGGUGGAGGAAGUAGAGGCCUCCCAUCAGAGAGCCCUGAAGGCUCGGUCCCUGACAGCCCAGAAGACCCCCAGGACCAUGACCCGUGUGCCCACCUCAGCCCCAAGCCUGCCUCAGACCCCUGCCUCAGCCCCUGCCAGUGGCUCAUCAUGGGCCCGGCUGCCAGCUCCUGGGCCAGUGCCUGCCCCUGUGGGAGCCCCGGCCUCCACCUCCGUGCCUUGCCCUGUCCUGCUGGGCCCCUCCCUGGACCCGAGCUGGAGGACGGAACUCUUGCAUCAGAGCAGCGAGAGGACCCUGAGCUACGCCAAGGCACGGCAGGAGCCGGGAGAGCACAGCCUCCAAAAGCUGUGUCAAAACUGGGAGGAGAGGCCUGAGGAGCACCUGACCCUGAGGCAAGAGGAAGCCUUCCGCAGCUACUUUGAGAUCUUCAAUGGCCCUGGUGAAGUGGACGCACAGAGCCUGAAGAAUAUCCUGCUCCUAGUGGGCUUCUCUGUGACGCCGGCCCAGGUGGAGGACGCCCUGAUGAGUGCUGACGUCAAUGGAGAUGGUCAUGUGGACUUCAAAGACUUCUUGGCUGUGAUGACAGACACCAGGCGCUUCUUCUGCUCUGUGGAACAGAACACCCUGACGAACAUGGCUCCCCACAACCCCCACACGCUGCUCUUUGAGAUCCUGUCCCAGCUGGUAGAGAUGCUGGCCUUACCAGAGGCAGCCUUGGAGGAGAUCACAAACUACUACCAGAAAAAGCUGAAGGCAGGCACCUGCAAGGCCCAAGAAAUGGAAGCGGCCAUACGCCGGCUGCGGUUGCGGAAGAAGAUUCCCUACAACCCCCAGCAGGAAGAGAGCUCAGAAGUCCCAGAACGAAAGGUCCUCAGUAUCCUGGGCCGGCUGAAGCAGCAGAACUAUGCUCCCAACCUGCAGAGCCCCUAUGGCCAAGUGCCCUGCAUCCCGCUCUGCCCACGGUUGGACAAGAAGAUGGUCCGUAGGAAGCCGACCACCCACCACAUGCUAGAUGAGUGUGUACCCUCCGGCCUGGAUCCUGACAUCCAUAGCCCCUUCUUCCAGACAGGAUCUCAAGGAAACAGGGAACACAACUCUGACAAAAGAAAGUGGCUCAGCUCUAUGCCGGCUCGAACCCACUGACCCUCUGGAGGCCCGAGUCUGGGCAGGUGCUCAAGGCCUGCAGACAGAUGGGUCACCAGGCAGGAGCUGCUGCUGGAGUUUGCUUUUGUGGCCUGGCAAGCUAAUAAACAACAAUAACUUCA